CGAAUAUCCAAACUAAUCGUAUUCUUUGUUAUACUUCUCCAAAUUCUCUAUCUUUGUGUUAUAUUUCUCAUAUUCUAAUCCCUAAUUCUAUUUCAACACACUCCAUUUCCUCUUAAUUCACCUUCUUAUUCUCGCCUGCCUGAGUACGAUUUCUCCAGCACAUUCACUCAUUCCUACACCGGCGGAUAGGAACUCCGACUCGCCGGGAACCGGAACAUUAACCCAAAUUGACCGGACUUCCUCCUCCACUCACUUCUCCCUCAGAACGCCGAUAAGACCCCUGAAACAGGUGUCCUCCCACUUUCCCCUCCACGUGUCCCCUCUCUCCUCAAAACAAAAACAAACAAAAGAUAACACUCACUCACUCACUCACUCACCAAGGUCUUCUUCCCCAUCCGAAUCCCGAAAACCACAGAAAACAGAGCCACAAGCAAACCAGAGAAAGAAGAAAGAAGAAGAAGAAAAUGUCAGGAGGGGUCGGGCCGAGCGCAGACAUAACCCUACCCAAGGAUCAACAAGAGGAAGAGCAAGGCCAAAAGCUCGUCGAGGACCAAAAAAAGACCCCGAAUUCCACCGCCGCUGCUCCAAGAAACAGAGCAUCCCUCCUCAGCUUCUACCAGCUCAACUCCCUCGCCGCCAUCAUCAUCCUCGCCGCCAGCGGCCUCGUGGGCCUCUCCGACCUCGCCUUCGUCGCCUUCUCCCUCGCAUACAUCUUCCUCCUCUCCCGAUUCGCCUUCCCCCCGCUCCCCCUGCCGCCGCCGCCGCAAAAGCCGGACGACGGCGACAACAAGAUCCUCGACACCAAAUCCAAAACCCUCCGCCUCUACGUCUUCGUCAGCGCCCUCCUCGGCAUCUUCCUCCCCGUCGCCUACAUCUGCGAGGGGUUACUCAACGGCGACAACAAGGACGGGAUCAAUGCCGCCGCGGCGUCCCACGUUUUCUUGCUCGCGAGCCAGCUGUUCAUGGAAGGCGUCGCCUUAGGCUCCGGCCGAUUCUCGCUCCCCGUCGGGAUCUUCGUCCCCGUGUUCUACAACUCCCGCCGCAUCUUCACCCUCGCCGACUGGCUCAGCUGCGAGUUCGCGGAGUCCGGCGGCGGCGGCGGUAGGAGGGUGUAUUUCGGGAGGGCUCUGGCGGUGGCGAACAUGGCGUUCUGGGGGUUCAAUCUGUUUGGGCUUCUGUUGCCUGUCGCCGUCCCGAUUUGUCUCAAGAAGUACUACGCCGCUUCUGGGAACAAAGUCUCCAAAGACUGACAAAGCUAGAGCAGGAACGAAACGAGAGGAAAUGAAUGAAAGAAACGUUUCGGUGAGUGCAGCAGAAAUGUCUGUUCCUGUUUUGGGCUUUUGAUUAGGAGAGACACCAUUUGUUAUAAGCAGCUUCUUCUUCUGCCCGCUAAAGGGAUCUCUCUGCUUUCACGUCGCUGACUCGCUUUAUCUCAUUCUCAUGCCCUGUUCUGAGAUCACCCAUGUUAGUAUUGUUAAAAUUUAGUUUCACAAUGUUGAUUUCAAAGGGAUGGAUUGGUUGGUGCAGAUGUUUGAAGGUGUUAUUAGUCUGAUACUUGCCUGAUUUCUAAUCAAAUGUUCAAUUCUAAAAUCAAAAUAUGAUCAAUCAGAUAGAUUGAUAUCCGAAAAAAGUUGACAAUAAGUUCUUUCAGAAUUAACUAUUUGUCCCCUCUGUUAGAGAUGUUUCGGAAACUUCUGUGAUCGAAUAAAUAGCUUUACGAACGAACGGGUUGGAGCUGGAAAUUAUGUGAGAACCGGAACUGAUGUGAGAACUGAGGUGGUAUCCACAUUAUGAGUGUGUUGGAAGUGGAACUGGUGUGAGAAUUGGGGUGGUAUCCACCUUACCGUUAUAUUAACAUGAUUGAAAAGAGAAAAAUGUUUCUAACAGAGAUCAACUUCUUAAUUUUUUUAACAUUGUCAGAUGACCAAGUUGAAUCUAGCUAUAUCAAUGUAGUUAUCAAAAGUUGGUUUGUUGUUGUCAUAAAGUGCAAAGUUAUGA